AAACAUACGCGACAUACGUGUGUUUACAUUUCGCACGUCCUCCGUAAAUAUACGAUAUAUGACAUGAUAUACGCCGAGAUAAAAGGCGUAUGUCAGUUAUCACGAUCGUUCUUCGAUAAAGAAUCAUUCGUUUAAUCGUCUGAGCGAACAAAUUCAGUUUUCGAAUUUGUUCGAUUUUACGUAAUCAGAAUUCAAACUUCAUGACGAUUUUUUUUUCACGAGAAGAUAACGACUGCAGUUAUCUCCUUUGUAACUCCCAAGUGUGCUCCCAAGGCACUCUAAGCUAUUAUCGCUAAUCGUCAUAUUCACGCGAUUGAUAAAGAAAAACGUGUACGGUGUAAAGAAGAAGAAGACGACGACGACGACGACGACUACGAAGGUGGGGAAAGGACGGAGCGGAGAACAGUAAAAAGUUUAUAGGUAGAGGUGGGUGCACACAUAUUUAAGGCUGCCAUGCUUACGCCCCACCGUAUUCUCCAGCCGUGCACACAUUUCAUAAAGACUGUACGCUCGUUACAGUCGGCCAGUUGCGGUGUCACAUCAUCGUCGCAAUUGUUGCUCGCUCGGGAAUACAAUCGCCGUCACCUGCUGCAAAAUCCUUUGUCCGUAGAAUCGCUUGUGAAAACUGGUGCAUCGUUCACGACAAUGGCAAAAAUAAAGGCAGGCCCGGUCGUCGACAUUCUUGGAGAUGAAAUGACACGCAUCAUAUGGGAUUCGAUAAAGGAGAAACUCAUUCUGCCCUACUUAGACAUUGAGCUACAUACAUAUGACUUGGGUAUCGAAAAUCGCGAUGCCACAGACGACAAUGUGACGGUGAAAUGCGCAGAGGCAAUUAAACGUUAUAACGUCGGCAUCAAGUGCGCAACCAUUACGCCCGAUGAAAAACGCGUAGAGGAGUUCAAGCUGAAACAAAUGUGGAAGAGUCCUAAUGGCACCAUUAGAAACAUCCUGGGCGGCACGGUGUUUCGCGAAGCGAUCAUCUGCAAGAAUAUACCACGUCUGGUGGUAUGUUGGAAGGAACCGAUCAUCAUCGGCAGACACGCGCACGCCGAUCAAUACAAGGCAACGGAUUUCGUGGUGCCAGGCCCGGGCAAGCUGGAAAUUACAUGGACCGGCGACUCUGGCGAAAAGAUACAAUACACCGUUCACGAUUUUAAGGGUCCCGGUAUCGCCCAGGCUCAAUAUAACACCGAUGAGAGCAUACGCGCGUUUGCCCAUAGCUCAUUCCAGUAUGCGCUGUCGCGAAAUUAUCCGCUCUAUCUAUCUACGAAGAAUACGAUUCUCAAAAAGUACGACGGUCGCUUCAAGGACAUAUUCCAGGAGAUUUACGACGGAGAAUACAAGCAGCAAUUCGAGGCGAAGAAGCUGUGGUAUGAGCAUCGGCUGAUCGACGAUAUGGUGGCUUAUGCUAUGAAAUCCGAAGGUGGUUUCGUAUGGUCGUGCAAAAAUUACGACGGGGAUGUGCAAUCGGACUCGGUGGCACAAGGCUAUGGUUCUUUAGGUAUGAUGACCUCGGUUCUCUUAUGUCCGGACGGUCGCACGAUCGAGGCAGAGGCCGCUCAUGGCACCGUCACCCGCCAUUACCGUCAGUACCAGCAGGCCAAAGAGACAUCCACGAAUCCGAUUGCUUCCAUCUUUGCGUGGACCCGCGGACUGCUGCAUCGUGCCAAGCUCGAUAACAACGCGCGUUUGCGACACUUUGCUGAAACACUGGAGAAAGUUUGCGUAGAUACCAUCGAGUCUGGUUAUUUCACCAAGGAUCUCGCCAUAUGCAUCAAGGGUAUGGAUAAUGUCACCAGGGCUGAUUAUCUGGAGACUUUCGAGUUUAUGAACAAGCUCGCCGAGAAUCUAAAGAAGCAGCUUAACGCGUGACUCGUUAUUCACGACGAAAAAUACACGAGCCUACAAGCCAAGUAUUAAGAUGUUGCACGCAUUACAAAAGAAACAAAGUAAUCUUUUUCUUAUGGGAAAUGGUUAUGGGAAAUAAAAAGCUUUACAAUAAAUACGUAAUAUAUUUAUAUAAUUACAUUAUACAUAUAUAAAGAUUUUGUUGUUGUCGUAGUCAAAUCGGUUUCGCGCUACGCAUUAUAUUUGUGUUUGAUUUAUCUUAUUGUUAGAAAUGUUAAUCAGAUCAUUGUUUCUUUCGUAAAACGCGCGAACAAAUCGAUCAUUUAUAUUUUACUCGUGUUUGCAUGUUUUAUAUUGAUUUUUAUGCAAUAUAUAUCAAAGGCGCAAACACGCGCAAGAUAACAUUUGCCAAUGAUUGAAUUAAUUUUUCAGUUUGACGAAAUGAAGACGAUAAACUAUCCAUUUCCGCUAUUAUUAAAUCGAGAUUAACUAUUAACGUAUACAGUUAUACUCGAAUGUAAAUUGUGUUGCCAAUGUCAUGGUAACAUUUUAAAAAAUUUAUAUAUUCUUUUAAUACCAGAGUUGAUCACAUAUAAAAUAUAUAUAAUAUAUAUAAUUGUAUACAUGUUUUAAUAAAUUUUUUCUCUUAUUAUAAAAGGUUUUACACGCAUUAAUGUAGAUAAUGCAAUUCACUCAUUUGAUAUUAAAAGAGUUAUAAUUAAUAAGAGUAAUAAUUUUUAAAUUUGAAAUUUUGAAUUUUGAGGAAAUUAAAAAGGUUUUUCUCAUCUAAGAAAAAAAUUUUUUUAAUUUUUGGUAUGUAUCUUUUAUGUAAUAUUAAGCAAUCAAAUUGCGUUCCCAAAAUAUAUUAUAUGUAUGUUUUUGUAUGAAGAAUUUAGCAUUAUUUCAGUAAUUAUCUGUAAAAAAUAGCAUCACGCGAUGUAUCACGUUACAAAUAACAACUUUGUUAUCAAAAAGAGAAACUUGGUAUCAGUUAACUAUCACUAAACUUAAUUUCCCGUAUAAUGAAGGAAAAUAUUAAAAACGAUUUACAGUUCUUCGACAGUUUAAAUAAUUAAUGCAAUUAAUUAUAUAUAUUGAAAAAUUUACAUGGAUUCGAGUUUUCAAUAAGACAGACGAUAAUUAAAAUUACGAUUUUUUAUUUGUAUAGAUUGAUAAUAUAUAUAUAUAUAACAAAUUAAAUAUGUCAAAGUAAAGAAAUCUCAAAGUGGAUUCUAAUUAUUAAGACAAUACAAUUUUUCCAACAAUUAGAAAAUAAUUAGAAUUCUUGGUUUUUUUUUUUUAGAAGAAACAAAUAUAAUGUUCAAUGUAUCAAACAUCGUUUCAGAGAAAUAUAAAUAUAAAUAUGUAUUUCAACAUGAUUUCAGUCUUUAACGUGAAAUAUAUCCAUCGAAAUAUAGAGGGUGACAUUGAUUAUACUAUAAUGAAGACUCGUUCUCUUUGGUUCGGAAACAGCGAAUUCAUCGACCUUUCGAAACCUUUUAUACAUUAUUCAUACGUUAUUUAUGCAACUCUAAACUUUAUUCUUUUUGUUUACAUAAUCGAGUAUAUUCACUCAUGUUGCAUAUAUCAACGAACGGUAAAUGAAUGUCAUAUGAAAUAUAUAUAUAUGCCCGACGUCAUAAGCAGACUGCAUUACCGAUAUAUAAACAUGUAAUUUUCCAUGGUUUUAUCAACAGAGAGCAGAGUAGAAGCAAAACAUAGACUGUGUAAAUAUAGAAAAAAAGAUCUGCGAUCUAUAGAAUCUACCUAAAUUUAAAUAUUUCUACCGAUCGUAUAAAUCCAAAAAAUAUUCAUUCCAAUAGAUCGCAUCUAUUUAAUAAUGAUAAUUCGUCAAUUUUGUGUAAGUAUAGCUAGUUUCUCGAUCGUCAUCACUCGUUCCAUUAACCUGUAUAUACCUAUAAUCUACACUUUGCUCGAUCUUUCUUUAAGAAAAGAUGUCGAACUCGAUUAGCAUUCUAUGCGCAAGAGAUCUCGCUCCCUUUUACUUUAAGAAAAAAAAAAAAAAAAAAAA